AUGCGAUGUUCGAGUAAUCGCUCCAUUUGCUUUGGAGAGGUUGCACUCUGGGUGUUUGUUUCAGUGGAGGUGGCGGCAGAAGAUCUGGAAUCUGCAAGGCUGCAAGCAGCUUUGUGGCGACACUUGGAUCCAAACAAGGCGGGGCAUACUGAUUUGAAGACUGUUACACUCUUCUUCCACGUCCUCAUGGGUGCGGUUGAUGAUGCAGCCCAGAAUGCUGCGAGUGCCAUGGAGGAGCCUGGAGCAUCACCAGCCAAAUCAACACCUAGCGAAGGUGGAAGCAUUGCCCUGCAGUCUAUCAAUGAAGAGGGGUAUGCUGAGGGCGACUCGAUCCUAGCAGCACUCAACAAGACUGCUGGCCAGGAAGAUGAAGACCGACGGCUGGUGGAACUGCUGCUGCGAUUUGAUCCUCUCAGGCUGCGAACGGAGUUCCAGCCACUGUUGCUGCACCGGAUGCACUACCAGGGAAUGUCCGCUCAAACAGAACAGGAAAGGUCACCUCGGAAGGAAAAGGACUCGCCCAUUGUGAUCAAUCCUGUCAUUGACGCGCAGUCUCGCUCUAUGGCCGAGAAGCUGUUGGAGAAGCAGAGAAGUGAGUCCGGCAAAGCUACCCACGCAGAGCUUCUUCUGUGGCGCCACAAGCAAGUGCAGGCUCGAAAAGAGUCUCUGCGAAAGCAAAGAACCAAGGAGGAGGAAAAGGGAUGCACAUUCCGACCGAAGUGCAACCCUGCCAAGCCGAAGGAAGGACAUGUAGAAAUCCUGACGCCGGCAGGGAGCACGCGGGCCGAGGUUCUUUAUGCUCGAGGUCUUGCUGACAAAGAGCGGCGAAAGGCCAAGGUUCUGGAGAGCGAAAAGGCUAGAAGCACAGCCGAGGCACGUGGGUGCACCUUCCGGCCAAAUCUCUCCAAGAGCGUCAAGAGUUACCACAAGACGCAAAAGUCGACACAGGUGCCUCGAGGCUUCUAUGAGACGCGCCAAAGAAUUCGUGCUGCCUAUGAGAUAAGAGAGAAGGUGCUUCAACAACAGGAGGACCGCAUGGCGAAGAUAGAGCAGACCGUUCCAUACCAGGCACUAAGUCUAACAGCAGUUGAUCCAAGAAUUGGGCUCAGUGGAGUUUGCUCCCAAGCAGGGUGCUGCUUCUGCGCCUAUGGUUCUGAUCUGAGAUACUUCAUGUCAACGCUUCAGUGCAGAUGCUGGCUCAGUUCAUGUCUUGCAACAUUUAUCAAUGCUGCUGCUGGUCUCAGUGACUAUGCUGUGGCAGGGAUCGGCUCCCAUGCCAGACAAAUCCGUCUUUGCCCCCCCAUGCACCAGCCUCAAAAUCUCAUUUGA